AAGAUGCCUCCUGUGGUGUACGGAACUGCAUGGAAGAAGGAGAGGACAGAGGAGCUUGUGUUGAAGGCCGUGCUUGAAGGGUUCAGAGGGAUAGACACGGCCUGCCAACCGAAGCACUACUUCGAACCAGGAGUAGGCAGAGCCUUGCUCAGGCUGCAGCAGCAGCACAACAUCCCUCGAUCGCAACUCUGGGUACAGACGAAAUUCACUCCAGUGAGAGGACAGGACCCAAACAAUAUCCCCUAUGACCCCAACGCUCCUCUCGAAGAACAAGUGGUGCAGUCCAUGACGAGGUCCCUCGCCAACCUGCACACGGACUACGUCGACGCGCUCGUCCUGCACUCUCCUCUACCCACGCAUGAGAUGGCAUCUAGGGCUGCUUUGCUCUUCGUUUCGCUAACGCUGGACGUGCAGACGAUGCGGGUAUGGAGAGCGAUGGAGAACCUUUGCGAGGAGGGGAAGGCCAGGAGCCUCGGAAUCUCCAACUGCUAUAGCCUCUCAGCACUGAAAGACCUUCACUCCUCCUCGCGUGUCAAGCCCACCAUCCUGCAGAACAGGUUCUACCGGGACUCGAACUUUGACAAGGAGCUCAGGGAGUUCUGCACACAACACGGCAUCACGUAUCAAAGCUUCUGGACCCUCACGGCCAACCCAGACAUCCUCUCCUCUCGGGCCGUGAAGAGCUUGUCGAACAAGUACAACAAGACCCCCGAGCAGGUGCUGUUCGCAUUCGUGCAAGCCAUCGGCAUUACCCCUCUCACCGGCACCAGCAGCACGGGACAUAUGCGGGAGGACUUGGAUGUCGCGCAGAGUGAAGGAAGCGAGCUCUUCCUCCCCUCGUCGUGA